AUGCAGCGUAAACCAGGAUUCCCCGUUGCGAACUGCAAUAUUAAAAUGCCCGACGGUUCAAUGCCUCCAGAAGUAGCAGGGGAUGAUGAAUGGGAUCCUCAACAUAGACGGCAGCAACUUAUAAAUUUUGGUCACUCUCAAUGGGGCUUUAAUAAUUGGAAUUGGACCGUCACAAAGCAGGACUUGGAUUUUGUUGAAUUAAUUAAUGGCAAAUAUACAGCUGGAGUGGCUGCAUUUGUUAAUGUUACUAUUAAGAAUUUAGAUAUACAUCGGGAAAAUGUUGGAUAUGCAACAUCUGUUAGCAUCACUAAAGGCUCGGCUAUACAUAGAGCCCGUAAGUGUGCUGUAACAAAUGCACUUCGCGAGACCUUAUUAAGCUUUGGAGGAUUGGUGUCCACGGAGCUCAUAGAGUUACUGGAAACAAACAAAGAAGUGCCACUGCCAGAAUCAGAUAUUCAAACAACCAAGCCAACUGAACCCAAAAACUUAGCUCGAAACGAAGAAAUAAAUGGAACAAUUGCUAAGAGUAUACCCAACGUGCCGAGCGUGACUCCUAUACGUCCGCCGCCACCGGCGAUCAAGAACGCUGUCAAUAUUCCACCCCCUAUAGCCAAGGCCCACCCAAUGCCUGCUAACCUGCCCCCAGCAGCCAACAGGCCCCCUUUGGUCCCGCGCCCACCGCCGCCCCCCCCAGCCGUACGACCGAACAACGUAAGUUUUAUCCUCCCCGUGAUGGGAGGCAUGGUACCUCCCAUGUAUCCUCCGCCCCCGCGAAUUCCCCACGCACCCCCCAUGUACCAAAACUACUACGAAUACCCAUGGCACUUUUACGAAACGUACGACCGUCACCAUGGUAACGUUAAUUUGAACUUCAACAUGCCGCCUAAGAAUCUCGUCGUGAACAGCCGAUCGCCGCUAGAAUGCAAGAAUGCGUGCAGACAGGGUCCAAACGGCCCUGAAAUGGAUCCAAAUUAUCAUCCACAGAAUCAAGCCUGUUGGAUAAAGCCCACGAUCUUCUAUGAUGGCUUCUGGACGGAACAAAAGGUCAAGAAAUGGGUGGCCGAACAGGUUGAGAAACAGUUUCCAGAAGAUGGUUCUAAGCCUUCUUCACCUAGUAGUGGUCCAGAACCAACCGCGCCCAAAUCAUAA